GCGUCUCGGGCAGGCAGGCAGGCAGGCAGAAAGGCGCCUUUCCAACCAGCGAAGUGCGUCCCGUGAGAAGUACGAGAGAAGCAAUGGAGAAAGACAUGAAAGUCUCUCUCUCCCUCCCUCCCUCCCUCCCUCCAUCCCUCCCCCAGAUGCCCGUGCUCACAUCCUCCAACACGUCACUGGUCCUCUCGCGAUGUCUCAUUCGGUCGUCCCGUCCCCCACAUACUUUGUCCUUCCCUGCCUCCCAAAAUAAUGUUUAUCUGAAGCGGAAUGGUGUGGGCCUUGCCUUCUCUCGGGCCGUGAUGGCCUCACGCUGCACCUCAACGGCCUUCAUCCGCUUCUCCAUCGCUCUGGUGCCCUUCAGCGCCACUGACACCCUCCUCGCCCUCCUCCUGCGGGGGUUUUCGGCAGCGACUGCCCUCUCCUUUGCCCUCUUCGUGACACCGAGGGCCUCAUCAGGAACUGGAUGUCCUCGAGUGGCUAUGACUCGUGCAGCAUGGGCCUUGGUGCACUUCAUUGCCACCGCCGGAGCCUUUAUCUUCCUGCUGGUCGGCUUAUUGGACACGACUGUCCUCUCCAGGCCUUGAGUUGCGACAGGAACUGGAUGUCCUCGAGUCGCUAUGACCCGGGCCUCAUGGGCCUUGGUGCCUUUCAGCGCCACCGACACCAUCGACGUCACUUUCUCCUCCUUGCUGGUGGCCUUGUGAGCAGCGGCUGCCUGCCUCUGGGCCAUCCUGGCUUCUCUCCAGGAAGCCCGCAGCCGACCGAUAACGGCGCUGAUGCCGUCAUCCUCCGACUCGCCGUCGUCUUCGUAUAUAAACCGAUACACACUGGAGUCCCCGUCAGACAGCGACUCACACGACCAGAACGAUUCUGAAAGAGCACAAUUCAUGCGUCUGAGUCGUGUUCUGAGUCUGAGACAUGGACAUGAUCUUUUCUCUGUGCGCACCGUCGGAGGCAUCGGAUCCCGAGUCGUCGAAUACAUCACGCUGGCCAGCCUUCACGCGGCGGCGACCUGAGUGCUUGGUAGCAGGCAUUAUCUUUUUGCAGUGCUAUUUCUGAGACGGGGGGUGCCGAUGGGGGCCGUGCAUGCAA